GGAAUCCGGGAUUUAGAGCGAAUGGCGGAAUUUUUCGUCCACGGAGGAUUUCGUUUGCCGUGAGAUUUGGAUUUCGGAUUUCGCCCAAAUCCGGCCUUAAAUCCGCCUAAAUCCGCAUACCAAACAGCCCCUAGAAGUCUGCAGCAAUGGCGGUGUGCUCAUCUGGUUCCGAACCUUCGGGAUCUAUUGGGAAGGGGUGGAUCGUGCACAGCCUUCUCAUCGGAGCGGCGGUCGCCGCGGCGGCGGUGGCGGCUCACGGAGGCUUUUUCCGCCGGCUUCUAUGGCGGGGCGGUUACCGGAGCCGCGUAGUCGGAAUCAUUCCUGCGAGGUUCGCAUCAUCGAGAUUCCAGGGAAAGCCCCUUGUUCACAUACUUGGAAAGCCAAUGAUCCAGAGGACAUGGGAGAGAGCAAAGAUGGCUUCUACUUUGGACCAUGUUGUUGUUGCGACUGAUGAUGAAACAAUUGCAAAAUGCUGUCGUGGUUUUGGAGCUGAUGUGGUAAUGACUUCUGAAGCUUGCAAGAAUGGAACUGAACGCUGCAAUGAAGCUCUAGAAAAACUUGGUAAAGAUUAUGAUGUUGUUGUCAAUAUACAAGGAGAUGAACCUCUUAUUGAUCCGGAGAUAAUUGAUGGCAUUGUGAAGUCCUUGCAGGAAUCCCCUGAUGCUGUGUUUAGCACUGCUGUAACGUCCUUAAAACCUGAUGAUGGGACUGAUCCCAACCGAGUAAAGUGCAUUGUGGACAAUAAUGGUUAUGCAAUAUAUUUUUCAAGGGGAUUGAUACCUUAUAACAAGUCGGGGAAAGUUAAUCCGCAAUUCCCUUAUCUACUUCAUCUUGGCAUUCAGAGUUUUGAUGCAAAGUUUUUAAAAAUCUACCCAAAGCUUGCACCUACUCCUCUACAGUUAGAAGAAGAUCUUGAGCAGCUUAAAGUUCUUGAGAAUGGUUACAAGAUGAAGGUUAUCAAGGUUGACCAUGAUGCUCAUGGAGUAGACAUUCCUGAAGAUGUUGAAAAGAUAGAAGCACUUAUGCGAGAGAGGAAUAUAUCAUAGCGAAGGGUACUGAAAGCAUGGCGCAUUUGAAGGUUUUAUGUAUAUAUAUCAACCAAAAGUGUUUUUUCGUAUUUUUGUUUGAGGUAAUCUGUUCUAAAAAUGAGAAUUUGACUCUUAAUAGGACCGAAUGAAGAAAAAUGUUUCAUAUAGCCGAUCCAGCAUAGUGAGAUAAAAGGCUUGAUUUUGUUGUUGUUGUUGUAAUCUAUUCCAAAGACGCAGGAGCCUUUUGCAUGGUUAUUAAUCAGUAAUAACAGAAUGAUUACCAGCUGGAUCGUAUUCUCUGCAAGACUCCAGUCAAUCAUUGUAAGUUUAGGCAAAGUUCAAUCUUAAAUUUCCUUUUAGAGAUUGAUUCAUGAUUUUUGGGUCUUAAAAUACAUUAAUGAAUCAUUUUUUUUUU